CUUCUUACCUUCAUCUACCUCAACCUUAGGCGCAAAAUGCCAUCAAGCUCAUCCUCCAUAUACUCGUACCGACCUGGGGGCUCGUUGAAGUUCAAAGGUGACGACAAUCUGCCCGCCAAAAAGAAGAAGAAAUCCAAGUCUAAAUCAUCUACUAGCAAAGAUCUUCGAAACAAAGAGGAUUACAGAUCUUCAUCAAAAGACAAAGAGGUCGAGAUUCCGACAAGACAAGAAGAGGCAAAUGACGUUGAAGAAGGGCAACCAUCGGGGAAGAUUAUGACUGAAGCAGAGAAAAAGUUCGAAGAGAUAAAAAGAAAAAGGAUGGCUGAUCGAGUGGCGAAAGAAGCAGGUCUUUCACACAAAGAUCGAGUUGAUCAAUUCAACAAAUCUCUGGCCGAACGUACCGAGCAUAACGAUAUGCUGACCGUUGCAGGUCAUUAGACA